ACAAGCCUUCGAAAAUGUUCUGUGACAGUAAGUCAGCUAUCUAUAUAGCUGCCAAUCCUGUUUUUCACGAGCGGACCAAACACAUAGAGUCUGACUGCCAUCAAGUUCGAGAUGCAAUUCAAGAUGGUACGCUAGAGACAGUUCAUGUCAGGACGACAGAGCAAGUGGCAGAUGUGCUCACAAAAGCACUUGGAAAAGCUCAGUUUAAAGUAUUGUUGUUCAAGUUGGGAGUAAAAAAUUUUCAUAUUCCCAACUUGAGGGGGAGUAUUAGAGGAUAAUGACAUAUAUUUAGAGAUAUACUUGUUAAGAUAUUGAUAAUGAUGUAAUUAGUAGGAUAUAUCUUAAAGUCCAAUAGUCGGUGGAGAUCUUGUAUUAUAUAUACUCUUGUAAAUUCAUGAAUAAGAUCAUGCUUUCCAGUAAGAUUUACACUAACCUCAUCUUCUUCUCGAUCUUCGUUAGGUUUUAUGUGUACAGAGCUGAGAUUACUGUUUCAGUAAAUGUAAAACAAAAGGAAACGAUGGUGAUAGAUAACAAUGCACCGUUUUGCUCUGGGGAAAAAAGAAGGCGAUAAGGGUUUUGGGAAUCGAUUUGUACGGCUAGGUUUUGCCGGCACCGUCUACGGGGUUCCGAUGACAGACGUUGGGGUUUUGGCUUCCCAGGGAAAGGCUCCGGUCUCUCCAGGGGUGGAGAUGGUUUUUUCGGUUGGUUUAGGAGGAAACAAAGGUUCGUGGGUUGGAGCUGUUCUGGGGCAGAAAAUCCUGAAGAAAUACGAUGUCGAGGUGACGAUGAAGGAUGGUGUUGGAUCGGUUAUUGUUCCAGAUGAGAUCACGAAGGAUGUUGCUCCCUUAUGGGAUGAUUUCCUUGUGGGGAAGUUUCUGGAUACUGCUCCUCAUAUAGCCAAAGUUCAUGCCAUUGUCAACAAAAUUUGGGCUUUAAAUGAUAAGGAAAAGAUGAUUGAUGUUUUUGAGGUGAACCCCACUUCGAUGAAGUUCAGGAUUCUUAACCAAGCGGAUCGAAACAGGGUUCUUCGGAGAGGAAUGUGGAAUCUUGCGGGCAUUCCGGUGGUUAUGACUAAAUGGUCGCCGGUGGCUGAAAAGGAGAAGGCUCCAGCGCAAUCAAUACCAAUGUGGGUUCAUUUGAAAAUUGUUCCUUUGAGUAUGUUCUCGUGGCAAGGACUUAGUUUUGUGGCAAGUCCGGUGGGCAGUCCAGUGAGGCUACAUCCAGAAACAGCUCAAUGUUUGAAUCUGGAUGUUGCUAAGAUUUUUGUGAAAGCGGAUCUUACGAAGGAGCUACCAGCUAAGAUGAACUUCAACAUACAAGGUCAAGACAUUUUGGUGGAAUACUCCUACCCGAGGCUGCCAUCGAAGUGUCUCAAAUGUGGUAAAUGGGGUCACAAAACAUGCCCAAUUACUAGAGAAGAGCAAAUAGACCUCCCUGAAGUGCAGAUUGGUAACCUGGAUGAAAAAAAUAAGAUUAUGGAGAAAGAGAUUGUAGUGGAGCAGAUUGAAGUAAGCUCUGAGCAGACCACUGAAGUGUUAGUGGUGAGUGAAGAGUCGCUCCGGGAAACUGGGAAGGCAAUAGAGAUGCCGGAGGCUGCGGAAGUAGCUCAAGAAAACUCUAUUCAAGAAAAGGAACAUGAGUGGUUGGAUGUCUCGCCUGGGAAAUCAUGUCGAUCUCCUACCACAACUAACAGAGUGGGGGAGUCUGUUCAGGAUUCUAUCCUCACAAACUCUCGUUUUUCUGUGUUGAGCUCUGAGGAAGAGGAAGAGAGAGAGGAAGAGGAGGAGGGUGAAAUAACAGAACCUGUGAAAGAUUUUGAGCUGCAGACAGAUGAUUCUCUAAAAUCUCCUGUGGGGGCUGUAGGAAAGGUUAAAGAAGGAGUUAUACAACGUCAAUCUCUCCCUAGAGAUUCAAAAAUGAAGCAUAAGUUUUUGGGUGAUACAUCUGUUCAGAAAGCGCAGGAGGUUGGUCCCAGCGAGCUGAAUAAAAAGAAAUCCUGUCGUCAUCAAUAA